UGUUCUUACUCUCUCGUUCUAACAACAAUGGCCGCCAAAUACGCCGUCUCGUUGAUGGCCCUGCUCGGCGCUGUCAGCGCUCAGAGCUCUAGCUACACCAGCUACACCAACAGCAGCUCUAUUGCUUCUACCACUUCUUCCUCGGCCAGCCCUCAGUUCACCGACGGUUCCAUGACCACUGUUGGCGGUGUGACCUACGAGAUUCAGACAGGCACCACCUACACUGAUGCUACCGUCCUCACUCUCUCCAGAAAGAGACAGGCAAGCUCUGGUAUCGCCUCUUGCUUGGCCACUUGCUCCGACUCUGAUCGUUGUGUCGGAGCUUCGUACGCCAAGGACACUGGAACAUGCGAGUACUACUCUAGCAUUGAUACCGCUACCGAGGCUGCCGACUCCAAUGUAGACUUUGCAUUGGUCCAGGAACGCCGUUCUGCAUCCACUACCAGCGAGAUUUUCAAUGGUACAUCUCCCGUCACUUCAUCGGGAGCCACCCGUACUCCUGGUAUGAGCGGCAACUCCACUACCAGUGCUACUGGUGGUGCCGGCGCUGGUGUCACCAACUCUCGCAACUCGACUUCUGCUCGUCCUACCGGAUCUGCUACUUCCUCCGGCGCUGUCUCUACUCCCACCGGCGAUGUUCCCUCUACCUUGAUCACCAUUAACGGCGUGGUCUUCCUUUUGGAAAUCGGAGUAUCCUACUCUGGUAUUACCAUCUCGCUCGAGAUCUUGGCUAAGCGUGCCGCCGAAACACUUGAUCAAUGCUUGACAACUUGUGCCGCCAACACUCAGUGCGCCGCUACUAAGUUCGAAGACGGCGUUUGCACCUUCUAUUCUUCGGUUGACGAUGCAUCGAGAGCUGUUGAUACCAACUCAGAAUUUGCUACGGUGAUCUCAAGAGCCGGUGCCAACGGUGCUGCUGGCAAUGGUACCUCAGGUGGUAACAACACCACUCCUGCUGGUCCUUCCAACGUAACUGCCGAAUCCUUUAUCUGGUACGUCUCUUGUGAUUUGUUUACACAUGACAAUGCUAACUUUAUGAUAAUANGUCCCAAGUUCAAUGGCGGCGUUUUGGUGUCCAACCUCGAGAUUACGUUCGCCAUUUCUUGCUCAGAAUUCUUGAUUGGUACAACUUUUGACCUCAGAGGUUCUCUCCUCGAGAAGCGCCAGGCUAUUGAGAACGGCCUUCCCUCUACGCUUUCGAACUGUGUAGACCUCUGUUCUCUGUCUACAGAAUGUGUCGGCACUACAUUCAGCGAGGCCAACGGAUGCAGCUUCUACAGCGAUGUCUCUUACGCCACUCCCCUGGACGGCUUCGACUCGGCUGUUCGUGUUCAGGACAACUCUGGUAACGGCAACGGCAAUGGUGUCAGUACUACCACUACCACCGCUACCAUCUCUGGACAGGUAGUCACUGUUACUCUGAGCGGCGCUACAACCACUCAGUACGUCCAGGGCGCUACAUCGACUGCCACCGUUUUCGCCGUAGUGACAUCCACGGUCUAUGCUGGAAACAACGGCGGUCUUCCCAAUGGCGCUGUCGUCACUACUGCUGUGCCCACUUCGACGAUUGUUUAUGUCAACCCUGUCAGCACUAUCACCAUGCCUCAGAACUACGGCCAGGGAGCCACUGUUACCGUGACCGUCGGCGGUAACGCUGCACCAGUCGCUACACAAGUCAUCACCGAAACCGUUACUGUCGACCAGAACGGCAAUGUCAUCGGCCAAAGCGAGUCGACCGCCGGCGCCGUCGCUGGUGGUGCUGCUGGCAACAACGUGUACCCCACUGUGACCCUGUACUCCUCGUACUGCCCUCAGGCUACUGGCGAGGUUACGUGGACCACUGUAUUUGUCUAA